AUGAUGAUUGUGUUACCGGGACAGCCAGUAUCUGAUAAAGUGGACAGUAUAAAUCAGGCAGAGGGAGUGUAUACGAGGAGUGAUAAGUUGAUAUCGUCUACCGUUGGGAGACUACAGAAGACUGAUGAUAGCGUGAGGGUUGAAAGUACGCAUAAAAACUCACAGCCAUUGCCUGAAAUAGAUAGCGAGGUAUUGGCGACGGUAAUCAGAUUGAAUAGCAAGCAAGCCACUUUGACUUUGGAUGUCAUAGACGGUGUGCCAUGCACCAAUAACUCACAGGAUAGCAACUUUCAAGGAAUUCUUCGAAGUCAGGAUGUUAGGCAGACUGAUAAGGAUCGAGUAAAGAUGUACAAUUGCGUACGUCCAGGUGAUAUAGUCAGGGCAGUCGUAAUUAGUUUGGGUGACGCACGUAACUACUAUCUCAGCACAGCGAAGAAUGAAUACGGUGUGGUCUUUGCUACAUCCGAAGACGGUAAUCAAAUGAUACCAGUAAAUUGGGAAACAAUGAAGGAUCCUCAGACUGAUAAAUCUGAACAACGCAAAUGUGCUAAACCAACGCCAUUAUGA